CCCUGCAGCGCAAAAAACUGUAACGUCAUGUCUAUUUAUGGAAGUCAGACGCUUUAAUAGUUUCCCUAGUAUUUAAGUUAAAGAUAACGUUAAAUUUAGUGCAAAAACAUCACCGAGCUGUGCGCCGCGCCUUCGCCCACACCGCCAACACCCCAGGCGCUUUCCUCGCACGCUUUUCCAACGAAAACAAAGCUUCCUCAAGGUCGCGUUGAGCGCGCUUCUUUUACCACGAGAAGUACAUACAUGUGAAUCUUCCUCCAAGAUGGACGUAGAUGUCGAAAAUCUCACCGAUGCCGAACUCAGGUCCAAACUCAUCGAGUGCGGAUACCCAGUCAUGCCCAUCACCGGCACGACGCGGCGGGUUAUGAUGAAGAAGCUGAAGAUGCUGCUGGAGACCAAGAACAAGGUGAACAAGGACAACCGCCGCUCGCUGGGGCGCUACUCCAGCGAGGACGAAAGCGACUCGGACGCCAAGUCGGCCAGGAAAGACAAGUACCGGCGGGCGACCAUGGCGGCCCCGCCUCUGCCCGUUAAGAAGAAGGCCCCCAGGAGCGAGGUCAGCUCCCUUGACGGGUCGCCUCUGAAGCGGGAGUUGAAAAGCGUCACCACGACGUCCACCCGGACCACCAAGAUCCUGCAGGCUUCGAAAGAUGAGUUCGAUACGGGAUCGGAGUCUGACGAGGUGGCGGAGAAGUAUGAGAGUAGCCUGAGGAGAGAGGCGCCGGGGUUGAGUGACAGUUUUAAGAAGACGCCGUCACCUAGCAGGUUGCCUUCGAGCUUUGUUUCGGGGUCGCUGGCGGCCGAAGCGGCUUCGGAUAGGCUGAACCAGAUUAGGGCUCGCCAAUCGACGUACAGUUCGGGGUAUGAUAAGUCCUACUACAACUCGUCGAAUGAUGAUAUUUUGAAAGAUAAGGAGAACACGCCGUUUUUGAGCAACUUUACAAAGAGGUUGUCUCAGUUGUCAGAGAGUCCGAAGAGCACUCUGUAUGAUUAUAAGAGUGACAUUAUUAAGGAGAACGAUGUUAAUGGGGGAACCACCAAUUCGAGGACAUAUCUCAACAGUUACAGGGCCACUAGAGGGCGCCCGAGCACGUACGACUACAAAAUAACGAAUCAGAGCCUGUUCAAAAACAAUUUCGUCCCGUUUAUGGUCCUCGUGGUGGCCUUUUUAUUUUUCAUCGUCGUGGCUAUCGUGUAUUUGGGAAUUCGGUCCGAUACAACUCUGGAAGUGACUGCCACGAUACCUAUUUGUGUUAAAUCUGACGCCAAUUCGAGAAGGUACGUCAAUUGUGUGUUGGAGGGCGAGGGCAAGCCGGCCCUCCACUUGCUGCACGUCCUGAAGCCGGAGCUGAACCGGAGGGCGCUCAAAAAUCGCUGCGAGGACGCCUCGGCGAAGCCCUACAUGACUGAGCAGGACGUGGUGGGGUUUGUGGCGAAUAAUUUUGCCAUUAAGGACGAAAAUCGGAUUCGAACCGACUUGAGCAAUGUGGAAGUCUUGUCGUUUUUUAAUCCCACGUGGGGUAUUAGUGUCUUGCAAUUGGAGGAAGAUGGCGUUAGUUUUAGUGAGGACGCCAUUGCCGCAGAUAUGUACCAAGUAAUCAACGGUAAAGCGAAAAAAAUCACCGCCCUCAUCUCCCGCCACCCGCCCAUCCCCUGGAAGUGCUACUUCUACAACACCGUCUGGGCCUUCUUCAGCGUCCUCACCUCCGUCGUCGGCGCCAUCGUCAUCCUCUACGUCCUCAACUACGCCUUCAAAUUCUACAAGCAAAUCCGGCACAAGCAGCUCGAAGAAGAAAUGACAAUCGUCGAGAACAUCAUCGACAUCCUCCAGACCAACGCCGCCGACAACGACGACAACUACAUGGUGAUCAACCACGUCCGGGACAUGAUCCUGCCCAUCAACGAACGCAAGAACAAGCAAAAACUGUGGAUGCGGGCCGUGAGGUACAUCCACGAGAACGAGUCGAGAAUUCGGACGGAGGAGAGGGUGGUGCAGGGGGAGAUCGCCGAGGUGUGGCGGUGGCUGGGAGGCCCGAAUUUGAGCACGUCCAAGAACAAGAGUUGGCAGGGCCAAGCGUUUGAAACGCAGGUGGGGUCGGUGAACAGUCUGCCGUGUUCGCCGACGCCGUGCUUGAAGAUAAGGGGGAUGGUGGAGGAAGGGGACAGGAACACGAUGAUGAUCAAGAAGGCGGUUUUGAGCAAGUGCGCACAGCAGUGUAGGAUUUUGCAUUGUGCUGUCGAUAUGAAUUCCAAGUGUGUUUAUUUGAAGUGUGCGGAUCCUAGUGAUGCGGCCAUUGCGUAUAGGAAUCUGCACGGGUGGUGGUACGCGGGAAAUCUAGUUACUGUUAAAUAUUUGAGGUUGGAACGAUAUAUGCAAAGAUUUCCCGAUUCGCCAGUGAGUGGGCCGCCUUUUCUACAAUAGCUUCAACAAAAAAAACCGUUGUUUCCAUUAUUUAUUAACAAAUUGAAAAUUAUUUUUUACUUUGACUGAAAGUGUGUUAAUUGUUUUAAUGAUUAGACGAAGAGUAACUAACAAAUUGUUAGGAGUAAUGUUGAUUAUUGGAAGACAGUUAUAAUUUUACGCUAUUAUAUGCAUGUGUUAGGAAAUUUUAAUAACUGUAUUUUUUAAUACGUAUUAAUAAACUGUAUUUGUAUA